AUGCUGAAUGUCAUGAAAUUCGAUCGCUUCGCGUUCAUGGUUGUUCUCAUCAAUGAGACCGAGAACGAGGCGAUCAAUCGCAAAACCGUGGCGGGUUUGGUCCAGCGCGUUCUGGGUCACAGCAGCGACCGACUGAAAGUUUGCAUGUUAGAAGUUUGGUUUUGCGGCCGGUGCUUCUGCAAGAACCCUUUGAUGCGAUCUUUCGAUCAAGUCGGCCGCGUGAUCUUGACGUUCUUGAGGUAG